AUGAUGAAUAAAACCACGCAAUUCAAAUCACUAUUUUAGAGUCCCUCAACUUCCUUUUGGGAUGACUGUAAAGUGGAACACUUUAGUAAUGUGAGUUUGGAAGGAAUCUUUUAAGCUAAAAUGGGAGAGUAAAUAAGCAAUGUAUAUGUAAAGGUGAAAUACUCAUACCUAAUAAUAAUUUAGGAAGAUGUACAAAUUUAUUUAUGAAACAGAAAUAAUUUAUAGCAAAUAUUGAAAAUGCUAUAAUUUACAUGAUUAAAGAUGGUUGUAAUGAUGUGGGAGUAAAAAUACUAAAGGGAAUAGUGUGGUUGGAACUUUAUGGAGAAAUUAAAGAAUUAUUUAAUGUGUUAAAGAAGUAAUGCAUUUAAAUAGACUUUGUAUUAAAAUAUAAGGUAAAGAAAUUGAUGGCAAAAGGUACAUUUGCAAAUGUAAGUACUGAUUUAAUAAAUUUUAGGUGUUUUUGGCAGAAAAUAUAAAGACAAAUGAAUCUUUUGCAAUUAAGUGUUUUGAUAAGAAUCAAAUAUUGUAGAGUUCUAAAAAUUUAUAAUCUCUUUAAAAGGAAUUAAAGAUACUAAGAUUAAUGAAACACAAAUAAGUAAUGACUUUAAUUGAGACAUUCGAGACAGUAAGUUAUGUAUUCGUAGUACAGGAACACUUGAAAGGAGGAGAUUUGCAUGAUUAUAUAUCAAAAGUAGGAUAAUUAUCAGAGAGAAAGGUUCAUUCUGUGAUAACUCAAUUAGUAAAUGGACUAUGUUUUAUUCAUUCUUAAGGAGUGAUACACAGAGAUAUUAAACCAGAGAAUAUAAUUUUAAGGAAUUAAGAUAAUGUAGAAGAUUUAGUUAUUUGUGAUUUUGGAUUAGCAGAUUUUUAUAAUUUCGAUGGCAAUUAUUUAUAUAAACAUUGUGGUACUCCAGGAUAUGCAGCUCCAGAAAUUUUAAUUGGUCUACCUUAUGAUUAUAAAGUGGAUAUAUACAGUUUAGGAGUAGUUUUUUAUACUCUUAUAACAGGAAGAAGACCAUUUUAAGGAAAGAAUACUGAUUAAAUCUUUUAAUUAAAUGAAAAAGGAGAGAUUAACUUUCAGAAUCUCCAUCUUAAAGCUGAAGGAUUAAAUCUAUUAAAAAAAAUGCUAGAAUUAAGACCAGAACAUCGCUAUUCGUUAGCAAUGAUCAAAUAACAUAUCUGGUUAAAAAGAAUAAAUCUUAAAACACAUUUAAGUUUACAAAAUAUCCAUUUACCAGAAACUCUUAAACCAGGAGGUAGCAUUACUCCAAGAAUAAUUAUGACUAAAACUUAUAAUGUAAAGUAGGUUCUCAAAACUGAGCAUAAUUAAAGCACAGAAAGAAAACAUUACUAGUAAUUUGGAGGUAGAUAUAAUAUUUCUAUUGGAAAUUUCACAAAUUUAUAAAAAAUCAUAUCUUGA